GAACAAGUUGCAGAGUACACCUCACCAUGGAAUGGAGGCUGGUGAGAUAUUAUUACACUAGGAUAGUGAGAGGCCAGUGCCUCUUUCACACUCAGUUUUGGGGCUGGAAAAGUAACAGAAACAUUGUGGGAGAUUGCCAGACUCCACACACCUCAUAUUUUAUCUGCACCCAUCUCUCGUGUUUUAUGGGGUCCACUGAAUAUAACCUACCAGUGAUGCACAUAUACCGCCACACACAACCUGAACCAGCAAAGUUUUAUGAGGAUUUUAUUCAGUAGUUCUCCUCAGCUUGUUAAAAGGUCCCCGAGGCUGACACAUGUUAAGGGCAAGAUUAUUUUUGAAGGAAAACUUUAAUCCAAUUUUUACACUUAAUCCUUUUAUUGUCUUUGGUUCUCAGUUUUGGGCUGCCAACGCCUUCUCCGACUGGGGAUGCUACCACAUUGAGAGGUCUGUUCUCCUUUAUUCAUAUGUUAAUUUUGCAGUAAAUGAGUAAGAAGACUUGAGGCUUUCAAUUAGUGAUGGACAUCCUUAUUCAUAGGAUUGCAGGGUCUCAUUACUUUCCUUUCUUUGGUGUCUUGUGGGUACAUGGAGGUUGACCUGCUGCUCUAGCCAUAUCAGAAAUCAGAAGGGGCAUAUUUGCGUGUGUCCAGAAAGCUAUGAUUAAGCUGCAGUAGGGCAAGUCAAUAUUUGUGUUGUUGUGGCUCAGGUUCGAGUCAGUGUUAUUCCUGCCACAUUGUCAUGAAGCAAACCAUAAAAAUAACACAAAAUGUCUUAUGUAGCUUUACUGUGACCACCAUUUUUAAAUUUUGCGAACAUUUCAAGACAUUUCCCCCCCCAGGUUGGCAAAUUUCAUUCUUUUCAACUUUGUUUAUACCGUCUAGCAAUUAAUUAAUUGACUAAGGGUAUAUAUUGCAUGUUUUCCACCUUAGAUGCAGCUGCCAAUGUUCCACCACCUGAUGUGGUCUCAAUUGAGAGUCCUUCAGAGAGUACCACUGACAAAAUUGAAGACACAGAAGUAUGUGUAAUGAGCUCCUUGUUAGACUGGUUUUGGGGAUAAGAAAUUGUAUUCACUUUUCAUUCACUUUUCCUUUCUAGAUUUGUCAAGCAGUUUAUGUGGAAGAACAGCACACAAACUGAAAUAACAAAACAAAUAAGUAAAUAACUCCAACCAAUAAAAAUGCUUCUUAGUAAAAAUGUCUUUCAUGUUUAAGGCACUCUCUAGAACAGGCUUCCUCAACCUCAGGCCCCCAGGUAUUUUUGGCCUACAACUCCCAUGAUCCCUAGCUAGCAGGACUAUUGGUAAGGGAUGAUGGGAACUGUAGUCUCAAAACAUCUGGAGGGCCGAGGUUGAGGAAGCCUGCUCUAGAAAUUAUAGUGAGCAUAUGACUCCCCAGUUACAACUGCUCCAAUGGCUAUCAGUCUGUUUCCAAGCACAAUUCAAAGUGCUGGUUAUGACUUAUGGAGCCCUAUACGGCUUAGGUCUAGGCUAUCUGAAAGACUGCAUUGCCUCAUACAAACCUGCCUGGGCUCUGAGACCUUCGGGGAGGUUCUUCUCUCUAUCCCACCACCCUCACAGGCACACUUGGUAGGGACCUGGGAGAGGGCCUUCUUGGUAGCUGCUCCCAUAAUUUGGAACUUCCUCCCUACCUAGAGGAGUAAGACUGGCUCCUUGUUGUGGCAGGUGAAGACUUCCUUAUUCUAACAGGCUUUGGGGAACUGACUGCUUUUAAGGCAAGGGUUGGUGCUGUGGUGAUUUUAUUGUAAUUAUCUUAUGUGAUCAUUACGUGUGUGUGUGUGUGUGUGUGUGUGUGUGUGUGUGUGUUUGCUUUUUAUAUGUUUCUAAGCUGUUUCUAGUUUAGCUUGUAAUCUUGAGUCUCUCUUGGGGGGAGGGAAAGGUGGGAUCACAAUGAUGAUGACAGAAGUGUAACCAAGAUGACAUGUAACAUAUGUUUUUAUUUCUAAAUCCUUGAAGGCUGACACUUUUGAAAAUCCAGCACCUUAUUUAGAAAGAAUUCUAUUUCUAUUCAGGGUUUGAUAGCAUUUCAUAGGCUUAAAAGUCUAGAAGGGAGACAAAAGUCAUCCAAAUUGGUUGGUCCUCACGCCUACAAAUAAGAGAUGCAAAUACCUUUUCUUUCUUCUCCCCUAGCCCCACCUCCCUCCCUUGAUUUAGCCCCAUCUCUCCUGAUUCCUACUCCCAAAUAUGUCCUGACAUCACCACUCCCCAAUAUCUUCCUUGCCUCACUUUCUAUUCUGGUAAGCAGGUUUUUCAGGAUUUUGCAUUGUUUCAAAACCUUAUAAGAAGUGUUUGACUAGCAAUGACAGCUGAAUGAAAUAAAUGUGUAAGUACAUUAUAGGAAACUAUGACACUUCCAUAGCACCUUUGACUUUUGUUUUGUUUCUAGUUGAGGUGCAGUGGAAAUUGAGGCUUAUCUUCAACCACAUCCCUAUGCCUAAGAGGUAGAAAUUUGAAAAGCAUUGCACCAGAAACAAGUGCACAUUAGAGCCUUCCUAUGUGAAAGGGUCCUCACUUAAUUACUGCCCUGCUGGCUCCACCCUCAAGAUCACAUGACUUUCUCUCCACUAACAUCACUGGAAUAGGUGGGGACCUCUGCUGAAGGACUGUCUAUGUAAGUAGGCUUCUCCAGGAACUUGAAUCCCGGUUUUUCAGGGGUUCAGCUCCUUGUGAAGCCUACUUGCAUAGAGAUCUAUGCACAUAGGUGUAACUGUAUGCAGGUGAAAAGCCUAACAUGGCAAGUUGGGGCUAGAGUUGGUGGAAGCCACCCAGCCUUGAAGGUGGAGCCAGCAAUUUAGCCUUGCUGCCCAGUAAUCGCAUGAGGAACCCUUUGCAUGUAUAAUGAAGGAAUAGCCUCCUUCAUACUAAUUUAAGUUGGUGUUUAACCUGUACUGGUGAAAGGAUGGUUUCUAACCACAAUUCGCUAAGUAAAAUUAAUUUCUUUUUCAUCAGAUCAAUAAUGAGAUAAAGAGAGAUGAGAAACUGGUGACCCCAGCUCAUGAACAGAUGGUUGAGUUCAGCAUUCUUCUUCCUGAGGAGAAAUACACAAAUGAGCUGAGCGACCCCUUUACUGAAGAAUCCCAGCAACUCUCACUGCAGUUUAUUUCUGAAGUAAUUGUGUUACUUGUACUUUUUUUAUAUGUUGUAUGUGCCCAGAAUUCUUUGAAAAGGGAAAUGUGCUUUGAAUGUGCUUUAAUGGUUUAGUGCAGUGGUUCCCAACCUUUUUUUCACCAUGCCCCACCUAAGCAUCUCUAAAAUCCUAACCCCCCCCCACGACAUAUAAUUUUUAUUAUUCAGAAAUUAAAGUCCUAUUCACGUGGAGGAAGCCGAAAAGGCCAUAAACUGUUAAUAUCUCAUUCUCAAAUUGCCCGCCUUAGAAAUCUAAUUGCCCCCCUGUGGGCACCACGGGCUUAGUGUGUACAUAGUCCAAUAUAUGGAUUGAAAUAUAAAUACACCACAGACUGCACUUCUCAAAGAUUUUGCAGUUUAAUUCUAAACUCAGAAAAGUACUAAAAUGUAUAAUAUAUUACAAUGAAAUACAUUUAGAAAUGAAUGCACUGAUAUCUGUAAAUAUGUAUGUAUGUACUUGUUUACGAAUUUUUGUAUUCAUGAGGAAAUAGAGUGGAAAGGGGAUUUAGGAAUGUGACAUGCACCAGGAGCAGAUUAAUCCUUCCAGCUCUUCAGUACUGAAACCUUUAGUAACAUAGAAAGCUGCCUUAUACUGAGUGAGACCAUUGGUGCAUCUUGCUCAGUACUGUCUACACUGAGUGGCAGUAGAUCUCCAGGAUUUCAGGCAAGUGUCUCUUCCUGGAGAUGCUGGGGAUUUAACCUGAGACCUUGUGCCUACCAAAGAGAUGCUCUGCCCCUGAGCUUUGCCCCACUCUUUCUCUGUCACACCCAUCCACACACCAACCACAGAAAGGUCUCUCAUCCCUUUCUUCUACCUUCCGGUGAAGGAAGUUCUGUGAGCUGAGAUUUGUUUCUCUCUGCAUCUGGCAUCCUUGCUGAGCGAGGUUGGCACUGGAGGAAAACAAACCCUCUGGAAUCUGGAAAUCUUCCUGACUUCCCCUGCUCUCAUAGGAUCUGAGCUCACAGAUGCAGGUGUGUUCUUUGUGACCUCAUAUUAUUACUGUAACCAAACCUUCCUCGUCUCACAAUUGUUGCCCUUUCUCAUAACCUAACAUCUGUUUAUAUUAUAAGCGACAUGAAUGAUCGGUUUUGAUCUUUCCCUCCUUACAAAAGCAUGUUGGUCUGGGUGACGGGAUCAUUUUAAGGCGCUCACAUGCACAACUGGCCACCUUCCAAAUGUCUCUUUAUCUUGGGCCUGCCUUAAGUUGCCAAUAGCAUUAUGUGCUUUUGAUCACCACUGCCUCUCUAACCACCUUGGCCCAGCUGUUAUUGUGAGAUCUGUGAAAUAACAGUAACAAUUACAGUACCCCCCCCCAACUCACCUGGAUCACGCCUUGGCAAAUCCUUUUGAAUUCAAUAUACUGGGACUCAUCUUCUGACAGAUACUGUAUCAUAUGGGGAAUAGAUAAAUUCUAUCCCACAGCCAAAGAGAACCACUGCAACUGUUAUACAUGGCCAGAUUAGGAGAGACGUCUUAAUUUUCCUACGUACGUGGCCAAGUAACGGUGCCAUACUAUAAACGAAAGAAAUGUCUGAUCGGACAAAGGCCACUUGGCAUCUGAAUGGCCCUUUCAUCUUUUGCCUAGUUCUUUCUGUGCUUGGACAAAGACACCCUUCCUAUUUUGCAGCACUUGGAUGGUUUUGAUUCUGGGCAAAGUGUGUUUCAAAAGCAGAUUUUUAAAAAAUGGAAAGGAAUUAUUCUGUUGAGAUGAAGGGUCAAAUUGCUUUUCUGCUUUAUUGUGAAUGCACAUGAAGCAGCCUUUUCCUUGUUCUUCAAGGUGUGGGAUGCAUUUCUACAAUUCUUUUGCUUUUCGUUUCUAAACCUUAGCAGACUUUGCUUUUAGGAUUCAUAGCUGUGCAUAACCUACAUUCUAUUUAAGUAAACCUGUUUUUUUCCUAAACUGUAUUAUAUUGUUGCACACCUCUCAAAUCUAGUGGUGCAGGAUUUCCAGGGUUCGGUUUCCUCAGAAUGAGGGGCAGCGGAGACUGUGGUGUCUUAUGAGAUAUUGUUAAUUUGCACAUAUAUACAACCCGAGCCUACGAUGGAGGGGCUCACAGCAUUAACACCCCAAGAAGGUUUUGCUUCUCCCAUAGCCAUGACCUUGGAUCUCAGCAGGAAUCAGGUAUGGCUCUGCUUCCCAGCCUGCUUCCUGCUUCUAGCUCACACACCUCAGCUUUGCCUUUUGGCUUUCCAACUGACACUUGACAAAGCAGGCCCCACCCAUUUUUUCCUCUGGCACAGAGACACUUCCUUUGUUACUUUGACGACCCAUACUUAGGCUAUUACCAAGGAACUUGCCUGGCUACUCCAGCAAUUGAAUUCUUGUUGGAUUCAGCAAUUAGAAGUGAAUCAGCCUACCCGCCCUCUGCAAACUUACAACACUAUAUACAUAGGGAAGAAAUAGCAUUGGGUAGUAUUAAACUGCAUUUUUGCACUAGCACAAGGAUUAGUGCAAAGGAAUUUCCCCCUCUCCUGCCCCUGUGAACCCCCCCCAUGCACAUCCUGUACCCCCUUUAAAUCUGCUCUGGAUAGUUGGGGAGUCCCUGGAACACAUUUUGGGGGCUCAUGGGGGGAGGAGAGAGGGGAAUUGUUUGGUUGCAUUACAUUGAAUACAUCCCAGUAUUUUUAGCGUAUUGGAGACCAACUGAUAGCUUGAUAUACCUUUACACAGUUUAUACGUUAUCCUUUAUUGCAGAGGUUAUAGUCAUUUGCUGCUUAAAAAAGAAAGAAAAAGAAUUAGGGGGCAGAUGUAUACUCCAACCCUCACAUAAAGGAGGACACACUGCAAAAGGGAAAAUGCUAUAUCUUUCAUGCAACUAUUCCUAGAGUCUUGGCCUCCAGAACCUGCACUACAAUGAGCAAUAAGUGAAUAUUUAGAUGGAACAACAAAGGGUUUGGGCAGUGGAAAGGAUCUAUAAUCUCUGUCUCUUGUCUUUCAAAUAGAUUCAAAAUGCAUAUGAAGGGCUGCCUGGAUACAAGAAUAUCCAUGUAACUGAGUUCAGGUAUGGUAUCCUGCAAUAUACAAACAUUUUUCUUCUAUUAAUGUUGCCAAAGUUGCUGGUACAAAACUUCACAUUUAUACUGCUGCUGCUGACUUACUCAUUUGUUUUGUGUUGUGAGUUAGUUUGGUUUCCUUUGUUAGACUGAGGGUGUCUUCAUAUGUUACAUUUUCCAAUGUGUAGAAAAGUGAUGGUCCAUUUAUGGCAUUUCAAAAAAAACCCACAAUUUUUAUAUGAGGGAAAUGUUGCCUUUCUUCAGACUGGUACAGAUUUCAGUACAGUAAUUCUAAUUAUUUACACAAUCCUCCACUGGCCACUAUCGAGCAUAGCAUUACGUGGACCUAAAUACACAUAAGUGGACCAACGAUAGGCUGCAUGCAAAUCAUGUGUUUGAAGCACAUGGCUUCCCUCAAAGAAUUCUGGGAACAGUAGCUUAGCCCUCUCAGAGCUAUAUUACACCCUUAACAACCAAUAGUUCCUAGAAUUCUUUUAAGAAAGUCAUGUGCUUUAAAUCAUACAAGUCCAUUGCUUUAUUUCUCUCUCCUUUGAAAAAUUAUAACAAUGUUAGUGGAUGACAUAAUUCUGUCUACAGCAGAACGAAUCAUUCUCAUGAUUGAUUACUCUGGCCUUUGAUACUGUGCUACAUUGUUUUUAGGACUGGUUGUGGUUGUAAACUGUUUUACUCUGGCGAGAGCCAGUGUGGUGUAGUGGUUAAGAGCGGUAGUCUCGUAAUCUGGGGAACCAGGUUCGCGACUCCGCUCCUCCACAUGCAGCUGCUGGGUGACCUUGGGCCAGUCACACUUCUCUGAAGUCUCUCAGCCCCACUCACCUCACAGAGUGUUUGUUGUGGGGGAGGAAGGGAAAGGAGAAUGUUAGCCGCUUUGAGACGCCUUAAAGGGAGUGAAAGGCGGGAUAUCAAAUCCAAACUCUUCUAAACUGUUUUUAAUGUUUUAUUUUACACUGCUGUGAUGUGGCCUGGAAUCUUCUGGUGAAGGGGGGAUAUAGUAAUAAUAAUUCACAUUUGUGUGAUGUUGUGCCUUCUCCACAAUCAGCUUGUUAGUUUGGGAGAUAUCCAAACACCACGCUGAGAGUUUCAGGGCUGCACUGAGUGUACUGUACACAGUCUAAAUUAAAAAUGUUCUGUAUACCACAACAUACUGUAGGUAAGGGCAUAAUUCUGACUUCAUAUAAACCGAUAAAAAUGAACUGAGAUGUAUUUUAAUUCAAGUUUGCUGCAGUAUGGAAGUAGAAUAAUGAUGAACCAGGAACAAAUAUUUUCAAAUAUGUGUUCUUUAGCUUAUCGGGGGCUAGGGAGGUACACUGAAUGGUAAUGCUUACAUACGAAAAAAAAAUUCCAUCCUCACUUCAUUUUAACUUCUUGCCUUCCCUUCUCCCCUCACUUUUAGAUCUUCUCAGGAUGAAAGGUACACAAAACCUUCAAAUGCUUACUUGUGUGAUAGCUAAUUAAUUUCCUGCCUUAUAUGCUGUAACAUCCCUUUUCAGUGAAAAGAUGGAGCCAAAUUAGAGCAGCAGGAUAUUGUUUGAAAGCUGUUGAGAUCAAUGCAUUUCAAGGUUCUUUAUGUUUGUUCAUGUGAAUAAAUCCACUUAGCCUGUGAAAGUUCAGUUCCCAAGUAUUUAGCCAUUAUCAGAUUUGGAGAGAAAGAUCAGAAUGAAAUAUAAUUUGUGACUUGGGUAUGGAAUCUUUGAAAGAAUAGAACAGUAGUACCAUUCAUCCUUCUCUCUAACAGCUCCUUUCUUAAACAUUUAGUGGUGUGGAGGUUCUGUACACUGUGGUUUUUGAUGGGGAAGCCAUCAGCAAUGCCACCUGGGACCUGAUUAACCUCCAGUCCAACAAAGUGGAAGACAACGCCUUUCUAGAGAUGGAAGAUAACCCCACCGUUGUUUACACAGUCAGUGACUUCAGAAAUUAUAUUGCUGAAAUCCUUCAUAAGAAUGCUUUACUUGAGAAUGCCUCCUUGAACUUGGACCCCGACUCUCUCCAGCUCAUUAAUGGUGUGUAUUAAGUAGGAAAUGUCAUUUCUGUCCACUUUAAAAAUGUGCAACGUCUGCCCCCAGGAAUUUAAUAGAUUGUGACUUGUUAUGGGUUUCCUCUUGAAGCUCUUAAACCAAAGCCACUAUUUUGUCUCUCUAGAUCAAGCCUCAUGUAUUUGAAUUUAUGGCCAAGUAGUCCUUGCCCAUGUCCCCAUUAUAUGCAGUCCAUAGAUUAUGAGGAUGGGUGGCUGAGAAGGGGGCUACAGAGUAAAAAACUGAACAAGGGAAAUGAAUUCAGGAUGCAAGCAAAGUGAUUCAUCAAAGCAUCUUCUACAGCACUGCAGAGGAGCCUAACACAUGUUGCUUUUCUCUACAGCCACUGCCCUUAGAACCAAUCUGUAUAUGACAUUAGAUGUUUCUUUCCAUUUCCAGGUUUUUAAAAAUGCAAACAUCCUGAUAAUUAAUCAGUCCUCUCAGUUGAUGGAUCCUUAGUUGACACACUCAUAGAAACACACUUUAGAUGCAAAUACACAUUUAACAUCACUUCUAGUUUGGCUCUUAGGCAGCUCAUUCUAGUGCAAGAUGCAAAUGAAUCCAACGUGUAUAAUUUGAAACCACAGUGGAUCCUGGGAAAUAAGCUAAUUUGCAUCCUGUGGCUGCUUUCCUCAGUCUCUUCAUGCCAGUGGAUGUAUCUAUUCUGUUUGCUAUAGCCACAACUUGGGCAUUACUCUAGCAUUUCUGGACUGAGCAGGGGUGUGUGUGUGUGUGUGUGUGUGUUUAAUACACCCUAUUGAGAAAGUACUACACAUAAGUCUUAGGAAAUAUUCAGAACCUUUGUUCUGAAAAUAACCUAAUCCUUUACCAGAGGAGAGCACAUUCUCAAGAAAAGUCAAACUGGGCAAUCAAAUUCUGUAACUAUUUUGUGUGAUCAUCAAUUUAGAGAGUACAAAAUGUACAUAGAGUACUCUUCAAGUAGAGUAGAGUUUAGUCGUGCACUUGCCCCAGAGAGCAAGCUGAGUUGUGCACAUCUGCCAUUCUCCGAACUCCUACUAGCAGUAUUGUUGCUUAGAAGCAUGCGUGUUUCUUCAGUGAGAUAGGAAAUGAAAUCAGUGCACUUAAGAUCACAAGCAAUUUAGAACUCUAUAUAAGAUACAUGACUGUCUUCCUUGUUACUUGUCUUCACAGUAAAGGAAGUGUUCUCUUCUGUGACAGAAGACCCGACUCGAAUUACUGCUAGGCCCAUUGAUGAUGUAAGUUCAUUUUCUUGUAUUGGCCUGGUUCAAACAUCAUGCUAAGCCAAACCUUGGCUUCGUGCAAACAUACAAGCAUGCUGGCUGCCAAAGAGGAGACCACAUCCCCUUUGCUCAUCCCCAUUCACUUUGCUGCAACCUGUGCUAAGAUAAUCUGUAGUUUGGCCUAGCAGUUAGUUUAAACCUGAGCUCAUGGUUUAACUCUCCUGUAAAAACCACAUGACAUAAACCAUAGGACGAACCUUGAUUACAACUCAUGGUUUGUCUGUAAACAGUUAAAGCAUGAGCAGGAAUUUGGUUGAUAGGCUGGACCAAACUAUGGCUAAGCUCAGUGUGGUGCAGCAGCAAAAUAACUGGGGAGGGUCAAAGGAGGCACAAUCUCUCUUCAGAAAGCCAAGAGGCUCAGCCAUUCACACUAAGCCAUUUUUGUUCUAGCAGUUCUUUGCCCUUUAGCCACUUAUGAAGUUAACUGAAUAAUUCAAGUACAAUAAGGUAAAACUCAAAUAUUUUCUUUGUAGGGAAAAUCAAAAUAUUCUCAAAUCCUUCAUGCAACAAUAAGUACUUCAUACAGGGUUUAGUCCUUUCGUAGUCAUUUAAAUUAUUUUGGAUAUAUCCAUGAAACAGGUACAAUAUUAGACUGAAUAUGCUGUCUUGCUGGCAGAAAGCUUUGGGAAAUAAUUUGUUUUUGCAGAGUGGUAUUUUUAUCGUAUUUUGUAGAUUCUUCAAAUAGCUUGUGCAUAAAAAUCCAAACUUGCCAGCAUCAUAUUGCAUUUCUUAAUGUAGUGUACCAUUCUGAGAAUUGUUGAAUAAUAUUAGAUGCCACAGGAACAUCUCUCUGAAUUUAAGUAAGUGAUGAAGUGUAAUUCCUGGCAGACAUAUGCAAAUGCUCCAAAUGUUUCUAUUGAAAAGUAAUUGCUCCCAGUCUUUGUGUUUAUUUUGCUACUUGUGUACAUUUCUCUAGGUUACAUAGUAUUAUCUUUUCAUGGUUUUGCUCACAUUCCUUUAAAAUGUUAGUUACUCAUAUGACAGCCAAUGAAGAUUGGGAGAAGGGUGGAAGUCAGGCAUUAAGGCAGAUCAUCUUCUGUCUUCUACAGUGAAGCCCCACAGCUUUUUCAAUGAAGAGCAGUGAUAUGAUUGGGAAGUUCUGAGUAGAGGAGUGUGUGUAGGUGCUGAACCUUUUCCCCACUGGCUAUUUUAUUUUCUGAAUUCCCCAGCUGCUUUUCCACUCCACAGAGCUCUGGGUGCGUGAUUGAAGUAAACAUGCAUCUAUACACUUUUCUAAUCAUGGAAAAUGAGCGAUUUGAGCUGGAGCAAUUGUGGGUAGGGGAAAGGGUUAAGCAACUUCCUGUAACUUCUCUGCACACUGUGGUUGCUUCUGGAGAGCACUUUACAAAAAAGAGCUGUUGGAGCUUUGUCUGAUUACUGUGUAACAUCUCUGCCACUAAGACAGCACCGGUUGUUGAAAAUGGGAGAUUGAUUUAACUACAUGCAGAUCAGAAGCAGAGGCGGAGCUAGCUGCUCCAGCACCCGGAGUGGCACACAUGCUGUGCAGCCGGGGACAGGGCCAGGGGGGUGCCGCGGUGAGCAUCCCAGGGGCAAGACACCCAUGGGGUGGAGUGAGCCGCCCGUGGGGGGGUGGAGUGAGCUGCCCAUGGAAGGCUGCUUCCUGGGCGGGGGUGUGUUGUGGUGUGAGAGACGGAGCUACGCCGCUUUGCCAGCAGCCUUCCUUCCUUCCCUCUCCCUUUUGACAGCUCAGGGGAGGCUUCACCCCCCCCAGGAAGCAGUCCGGGAGCGGGGGGCAAUGGCACGCUGCCUGCCCACAACUCCCAAGCCUCCCCUGAGCUGUGAAAAUUAAGGGGGAGGCCUCCGGCAAAGCAGUGCAGCUCCCCCCUUUCCCCUGACACCUCAGGGUAGGCUUGGGAGUCGCGGGCGGGCAGCACACCGAAUGUCACCCCCCUCAGUGAUGACCCCUGGGGCGUUCCGUCCCCACUGCCACCCUUCCUCCGCCCCUGAUCAGAAGUAUAUUCUGCUCCCAUCUCUAAGCUUGGUGGCCAGAGAAUCUAGCCCUUUCUCCUUCUAGUACUGCAUCAACAAUGCUCAAUGGCAUUCAACUAAUGGCUACAUGGAGAUGGAUGAAUAUAAAUGAACAGAAUGGUAAUUAGACAUAGUGUGCAUCUAAUCAGUUGCCUGCAAAGUGGUACAGAGAAUCCCCACCCGCCACACCUGGUUCUCCAGAUGGGACAAUACAAAUUUAUAGGUGGUGGCUACAUGCAUAGACUAGACCCAUUGAUGUUAAUGGAUAUAAAUUAGUCGUGUCCAUUAAUUUCAGUGAGUCUACUCCGAGUAAGACUAAUGCUAGAUACAACUUCUGAUCAGUAAUUUUGAAAUUAUUGUGUGGUAAACUUCAUAGGUCACUUAUGAUCUUGGUGUGUAGCUUAUUGACGUGGUGGAAUGUGGGAGUAAGCCUUGGGGUUUAUGCACUGUGAUUUGUAAGGUAAUAUGGGCAAUCAUAAUGGCUUAUAACCAUUAUGGAUCUGAAUUUUAGGAUCGUGUUGUGGUAUCUGAAUGGCCCUCUGCGGAUGAGUCAACUGUAAGCAACAUCUUGCCACUUGAUUUUACCAAGCCAGGUUUCAUCUUUGAUAUCGAGCAGUUCAAUGGCAAUGAAAUCUGGUUAAGACCAGAUGGAUUUCUGGGCAACUUCAGUUCAACACCAAAAGAUACUUUCCUCUCAAAAUCUGAUAUCACCAUUCCCCCAGACGAUCUGCUCUUUGUGGAUGAAAAGCAGAAAUUGCAUCCUGUCACGCCAACAGCAUUAGAGAUUGACUCACUUGUGGACUUAGAAAGCAUUUCUGAUUUGUCUUCAUUAGAAGAUGGUAUGUUAUUUUGUCUUGCUUGGUAGCAGCAGAGUUACAUGUCUGAUCUUAGAAAGCUUGGGGAGUUACUUCCUUUCCAGGGCCCCCCUCCCUGUGUAAGCAAGAGUCAUUGUAACCUGAAGAGAUGAUGGCAUUUACUGGAGAAAGAAUAUAAAAAUAAUCUGCCAGGGUGGGGUGGGGGAGAGAAUUUGAGUAAAUAAAAUCCAAUAAGCUGAAUUUAUAAGAACUACUUAACUUUGCAUAUGUUUAUUUGUAGGGCUUGAGGAUUCUAAAGAGUUGGAAGAGCUCCUUUUGCCUUCAAGUCCUGCCCCUCACAUUGUGCCAAGUGACAUCCCACCCACAAGUGAUUCUGUGACUCCUCUUGCUCCUCUAUCACCAGUGGCCUCUGUAUCAGCCAUAGAGCCUAGCACUAAAGAACCAUUACCAACAAUUUUAGAAAAGGAAACUCUGCAACCCACUGUAUAUAUAGAAGACCACGUAGAUGACUAUGCUUCUGGUUCAGGACAAGAACCACAAACAAGCAUAUGGCCUUGGUAUAGACCUACAUUGGAGACAGAGGGAUCGGGUGUAUAUGACUACAAGGAAACAGAUUAUAUAUUGCCUUCCUUAAAGGACUACACAUCUAAAGACCUCCCAGAUGAAGUUGUAUCUCUGUCAUCUAUUGAAAUAGAAGGCCCUACAGUAGAAAGUGUUAUGGCAACAUUGACUGAGACCUACAGCAUAACACAACUGGAAGAUUCCAGUGAGGAUCGUGAAAUCAUUUCUGAAAUAACUGGAAUUCAAGACCAAAUCAUAACAGAACUGUCACCAACAGAUUAUCCACCUAUAACCUUUACAAUAACACCACCUGAUAGCUUCUCUCCAUGGAGUGCGCUAGAUAAACCAGAAAUAAUUUUAACAGCAAAACCUUCUGGGGAAAGCCCAGUGUUGGAUAAUUUUAUAGUAGAACAGCAGAUCCCUGACACAACGGCUCAAGAGGCCUCUGGAUCAAUUGCUCUGAAGCCUGUUGUUACUCCUUCUUCUGAAAGUUCUACCCAUCGGCCUGCAGCUGAAGUCACAAGUUCAAUAGCAUCAACUGAUUUUGAAAUUUCAACCUUGGUACCUUACUUAAAAGACAUGACAACUGGCUCCAGUGACUUCACUGGAGAGUUUGGCACAAUCCUAAUCACUAAUACUCCUCCUAGCAGUUUUGACAGUGAAGUAAGCUCUUCCUCAACUCUGACUCUUACAGAGUAUUCUGUCCAUGCCCUCUCUGACAAGCCCACCACACAGCCAACUGUAGUUCAAUCCACAGUUAUCCUAGCAGAAUUGGAAAAAGAUUUGAUCACAAAAGAUCUGGAAGUUACAGAACAGGACCAAGGAAGACAUAUGACUGAAAGUCAUGUGGAGCUUUCUACAAGUGCCCAUUCCACAGAGAUGGCCAGUGUAGCUGGGGCAACUCAUGAAAACCUCAGCAAUGUUACUGUCCCUGCACGCGCAUUAGUGGUAUUCUUUAGUCUUCGAGUUACCAACAUGAUGUUUUCAGAGGACUUGUUUAAUAAAAAUUCCCCUGAGUAUAAAGCCCUGGAACAGAGAUUCUUAGAGCUGGUAAGAUAUAGUCUCAAACUAAGUUUUUUUGCCAGGGCGCAUUUAGCAUGUGAGCAGCAGCCCAGAGGCACAGGGUUGUUCGAAACACUUUUUGCACAAAUGAUUACAAGCCAGUCACAUCACAUUCGAUUUUUGUUUACUACAGUGACUAAAAUGCACCUUGAUCUGCUGUGAUAGUUCGCAUUCAGAUACUUCUAUUCAGAUUUUUUAUUUCCUCUUUUAGACUACACCUAUGUGGCAAAACAAAACAUCAAAUGAAAUUGUUAACAAUACUUAUUCCUGCCCCUACUAAUGGCAAAGUAUGCAAGCUUCAUUCUGCUUGCAUGCUAACUAAACAUUAAGGCAUACACGGGAAAAUUCAAACUUCAGGUUCAAAUCAGCCCAACAGAAUUAACAUCACAUAUCUUAUGCCAGUUUACUCAGAAUUAAACCCAACUAAAUUAAACAACUAGGUUUAUGUACAUACAAGUGCAGGCAUAUAGAUGGAUAGAUGCACAAACACAGAGAAAAAUAGAUGUAAUCUUGUUAUAUGAUUUUUCCUGUUUUGUAGCUGGUUCCUUAUCUACAGUCCAAUCUAACAGGCUUCCAGAAUUUGGAAAUUCUGAACUUCAGAAAUGGUAGCAUUGUGGUGAACAGCCGAAUGAAGUUUGCAAGACCUGUGCCUCGCAAUGUUACUAAUGCUGUAUACAUGAUUCUCGAAGACUUUUGCAACACUGCCUACCAGACCAUGAACCUGGCUAUUGACAAGUACUCCCUCGAUGUGGAAUCAGGUAUUAUAAGGAUGGAUUAUUUGCUGCUUGGUCAGUGAGUUAGGAGUAAAGCCUUAUUCUCACUGAAGUGACAAGUCAGUUAAUUUCACAAGCUAAAACACCCAGAAUCAUUUUGAAGGUUACACACACACAAGACAACUCUGGGGUUGCAACGCUUAUCCCGCUUUACUGGCCAAGGGAGUCAGCUUUUGUCCGCAGACAGCUUCCGGGUCAUGAGGCCAGCAUGACUAAGCCACUUCUGGCAAACCAGAGCAGCACACAGAAACGCCGUUUACCUUCCCACCAGAGUGGUACCUAUUUAUCUACUUGCACUUUGACGUGCUUUCAAACUGCUAGGUUGGCAGUAGCAGGGACCAAGCAACGGGAGCUAACCCCAUCACGGGGAUUUGAACUACUGACCUUCUGAUCGGCAGGCCCUAGGCUCUGUGGUUUAGACCACAGCGCCACCCAUGCACAAUUAUGCUUGGUGUGAAGAGAGUAGAUAGGGAUAGGUUUUUCUUGUGGCUGGAAGUGGCUCACUAGGUGGGGGGCAGAGCUGCUAUGUUUGUUUCCAGGCAGAUGAGUUGCUGUUUAUUGGGAGGAUAGAGGGCAAGGUGGUGGCAGGUCAGCAUGGUACAAAUUUAGUAGUAGGAGCACUUGGUUGUUUCCAGUGGUGUGUUUGCACUGUGGAGCCUCCCCUCUAUCUUCCCCCUCCUCCUCUCCACUGGUGUAAGCAAAAAUGAGCCAUCUAUGGGGAAAAUAGUGACUGUCUCACCCAGUGAGCUACUACUGCUCAUGGCCAGUUGAACAUAAUGUUGGAAGAUUUGAGACAGACAAAAUACAGCACUUCUUCAGAAGCACAUAGUUGAACCAUGGAAUUUGCUCUUGCAAGAUGCAGUAAUGGCCACCAACUUACAUGGCUUUUGAAAAAGGAUUAGACAAAUUCAUGGAGCAUAUGACUACCCAUGGCUGCUAGCCAUGGUGAAUAAGCUGUGCCUCCACUGCUAGGAAUCACAAGCGGGGAGAGUGCUGUUGCAAUCCUGCCCUGCUAAUCUGGUUGGCCACUGUAAUAACAGAAGGCCUUUGGCCUCAUCCAGCAAGACACACAGCUCUGUUUCUCCAUAUCUCUAUUUCUCCAUAAUAUUGAUGUCAGAAGGGGCUGUGCAAGAUCUGGAUCAUUGUCUGGGCACAAUAGUGAACUGGAUGAGUCCAGAUAAACGGUACUUGAACCCUGGGAAGAUGGAGGCAGUGAGUGUCGUGAUUCCUGUGCCCAGGAGAUUGAGUGAAUGCCAAACAAAUGACUGCCAUUGAAUCAAAUUCAUUCUCUAAAAAUGCUUGGCGAAACAAAAAUGUUUUCAGGAGGGGAAGAAAUAUACAAACUGUAGGUGUCUGUCUGAAUUCAAUAGGAAUAGUUUCCCCAAAUGCUGGUGCCACUGCAGUAAAAGUUCUCUUUUUGCUGGUGCCUCCAGGAGAUCAAGCUGAUCCUUGCAAGUUCCAGGCAUGCAAUGAGUUCUCUGAAUGCCUUGUGAACCAGUGGAGUGGAGAGGCAGAAUGUGUCUGUUAUCCUGGCUACCUAAGCAUUGAAGGAUUGCCUUGUAAUAGCAUUUGUGAUCUACAGCCUGACUUCUGUCAAAAUGAUGGCAAAUGUGAUAUAAUCCCAGGGCAAGGGGCAAUAUGCAGGUAAGUGAACAUUUGUGCAACAUUUCAAAUGCAGAAGAUCAGAGGCAUAGGCCUAUUUAUGUGAUAAUCCAGUUGAAUCUGGUUUCAAAACAAAAUAAAUCCAGAAUACUUCCCUGAAGGGUGACCCUCCCAAGAUCAGGAAGAAGUGCAGCUAACAGAUUUUUUCCCUGCUCAAACUUUGUGCCUUAAACCUCCCUGCUAGCUUCUUCCAUGCCUCUUCUCACAUUAUUCAAUUUGACCCAUUGCAGAAUAUUUUAGCAUUUCACUCAGCUGCUAUCUUAAAUGGGUAAAGAUUAGCAUCCAGUACGAGCUCCAGUCAUUUCAGGUUGACAAUAGAAUAACUAUUUUCUUUAUCACUUCCCUUUUGACAUGGGUGGAUCACAGAUGUCGUGUGGGUGAGAACUGGUGGUACAGAGGAGAGCACUGUGAAGAGUAUGUCUCGGAGCCAUUAGUCGUGGGUAUCGCAAUUGCUUCGGUAGCUGGCUUCCUUCUCGUAGCAUCUGCUGUUAUUUUCUUCCUGGCUAGAACUCUUCGUGAUCAGUACACAAAGAGCGAAAUUGAAGACUCGUUAGGGUAACUAUAACUUGUAGGUUAUUUAAUCUUGGACACUUCAUUAGCAUUGAAGGGGAGCCAGAUAACAGACAAAUACUAGAGAUGAACAAAUCUGUUGAUUUUUGGUUUCUCUCAGUAUCUCAUUUUUCCAAUCUUAAAUUCAGUUCUUUUUUGAAUUGACUUUCAGUUUGCUUCUUGUUAGGACUAAAUGCCAAAAAAUCCUAGUGGGUAACCUUAGCUUGAUAAGCGGGAGCUGGGAGUAGCAAUAGGCAAUAUCAACCUGGUCAUGGGAGGGAAGCAUAGGAGCCUGAAGAGGAAUGGGCACAUACAUUGUGACUGCUGCAAAGUGCUAGCCUAUUGAAAAGAUCUAAAGUCAACCCCAGGGACGAGGGUGGCUCUGUGGGUUAAACCACAGAGCCUAGGACUUGCCGAUCAGAAGGUUGGCGGUUCGAAUCCCCGUGACGGGAUGAACUCCCGUUGCUCGGUCCCUGCUCCUGCCAACCUAGAAGUUCGAAAGCACGUCAAAUUGCAAGUAGAUAAAUAGGUACCACUCUGGCAGGAAGGUAAAUGGCGUUUCCGGGCCCUGCUCUGGUUUGCCAGAAGCGGCUUAGUCAUGCUGGCCACAUGACCCAGAAGUUGUACGCUCCCUCAGCCAAUAAAGCAAGAUGAGCACCGCAACCCCAGAGUCGGUCACGACUGGACCUAAUGGUCAGGGGUCCCUUUACCUUUACCUUUAAAGUCAACCCCCUCAGGCAGUUCAGACAUGGAAGCUCUAUUCAUGUUAGACAAGUAUCCCCAAUAAGAGGUGAACACAGCUUCUGGAAGAGCACAACUGUCAGUUACCUGUUUGAGGUGUUGCUCCACUUUGCAGCAUGAACAUUGGUUAAUGUCUAGCUUAUUCCCUGGAAUGUCAGAGAUUGUCAGUUAAGCUUUGGGAAAUAUUUUGCAAAGAGGGGAUUCCUGUGUUUGACAUAAAUUCUUUUUACUUUCUUUACAGGCAAGGAGACAGCCUUUCAUCUAUUGAAAAUGCAGUGAAAUACAACCCAAUGUAUGAAAGUGAUGCUACUGGACACAGCCACUAUUAUCGGAGAUAUCCACAGCUUACUUCCUAUAGUUCAACAAGCAAUGAGACAUCCACUGAGUACAGCAGUGAAGAAAUCAGGCACAUUUAUGAACACAGCGAGCUAACUAAGGAGGUGGGUAAGAAUGACUUGCUAAUAGCACAUCAGUGUGCAAUUUCAGUGCUAAAUAUGGAAGACUAAUUUGAUGAAAGCAUAGUCAAAAGUACUGAAAAUAUAAGAUUUGUACAUUAUGCUGCUCUGUAUUGUACUAAGUACAGAACACCGUUUGGAACUGUUGUGUUUUAUAUAGGACAAUUGUGUAAUGUAUUAUUUUCUAACGUUCCAGGAAAUUCAAGACAGAAUUAGGAUCCUGGAACUCUAUGCCAAAGAUCGGCAGUUUGCGGAAUUUGUAAGGCAGCAUCAAAUGUGAGUUAAACGUUUCUUAACUACUUCUGUAGAUUUUUUUUUUCAUUGAACCCACUCAUUCUGUUCUACGCAACAGUUGAUUCAUUCAGUGAUCUGCUAAAUUAUCAUAUUGUAGGGUGCAAGGAAGAAGGUAGAUACAAAACCUUCAUGAUUAUACAGCAUAUUGAAAGUAUAAAACUGUUCAAAAGAGCUAAUUAUUAGCCUUAGGUCAAUAGCAUUUAUUUCCCUAAUUAUUAAAAUUGAAUUCCUCACUGUUUCCCAGUUAUUUAUAUUUCAUGGUGGAAAAUUAAUACUGUAACUCUAAAUCCCAUCUUGUAAGGACAACUGCAAUUUUAGUGCCAUUGCAACUUCAAAUUAUUGUUACUUUAUCUCAACAUAUUACAAAAGCAGUUAAAUGUUUAGGAGGUAGUAAAAUUGAGCCAGUCUAGAACCAUUAUUCGCUGCUGAAAAGCUUAAGGUUAAGCAGAAUCAAAUGGAUAUGAGAGAGAGAUUAUUUUCGGUAUUUUUGUUUAAGACUAGAUAAUAUUCAAUAGUCUCUUCCCCUUUAAAAUAGGAGUUUGAAAGCUGUCAGAAGCACAAAUCCUACUACAAGUUAGUCCUGAGUUCUACACAUUCAACAAGGUAAUGACUAAGGAUAUGUAGUUAUUAGUAGAAUGUAAUGUCUGCUACUGUGGGUUCUAGGAGACUGCAAACUUGUCAUGCUAAGUUAUGUCAUUACAAAGCUUGUUCGUUGCAAAUAAUAUUAUUACAAAGGUUUUUCCAGUUGGUGCCUGAAGCUCAACCAUAUUUGGCAUCUUUGAUGGAAAUUAUGUAGAAUUGAUUCUGAUUGUUCUAUUAUAUUAGACCGUAAGAUUUUGUCUGCAAACUUUCUGAGUUGCUCAGACUACUUUGCAUAUACUAGGAGGGACAUUAAAGUGCAAUGUAUUGCCAAAACAUUAAUUGUCUAUUGCUGCUCUCAUCUUGAAGAAGCCAAAUUGGGUAGAUAAUUUAACUGAGUAUAUGGUCAGUCGUCAUGACAUCUAUUGGCAUAUCUAGCAGGGCAAGGUAAACUGUAGCAUUCAAAUCUAUUCUAUGUUAGUAUUUAGCAAAAGGCAGCAACCGAAAAUCCACAGUGCUUAUUUUAUUUUAAAUGCCUUUCUCUAACAUAAGCCGCACUAACCAAAGUUCUUGGAGUUGAGACAUGAAUGUCAUACAGAAGGAAGAUUUUGUUACAUAAAACAUUUUUAUUUACAAGAAAUAAAUAUUUUAUUUAUUUGGAAUGGAUACAGCUCAUGUGUUUCCUCAGUUUAGGAUGAUGUUUCACAGGUGCUGUGUACUGUUGCUCUGUCCCAGAACAUGUUAUUAAUGCCAGAAGUCUUAGACUGUUUUUUUCAGCAGAAACAGAAAGGGUUCUUGUAGCAUUUUGAAGACUAUCAUUUUAAAUACUUUAGCCAUCAUAAUCAAUGCAUUUGAUGAAGUGAAUGCUAGUCUAUGGAAGAUCAUGCCAUAAUAAAUGUGUUAGUCUUUGAGGCUCUUUAUUGCUUCUGAAACAUUAGGGGGAAAUACUACAGGUUGCCCCUGAGCACAUUCAGGGUGUCCAUUCUUCAGCAACCGAGUAACCAUGAUAACUAAACUAAAGGAAUGGAAAAGGAAGAGCCUCUCUGCAAGUGAUGAAGUCUCUUUGUCUUCCUAGUUUCUGAUUGUAGCCACAUUGUACAGUUUCAUUAAUUCGGAAGAAAUUAUGGGGCUGGUCUAGUCAAUUUUGUUCCAAAAGGAAAACAAAGUUUGGUAAAAAUUGUACAGGCCUACAUGAGUGUAUGUGUAGAUAUGCAACCAUCCUUUUUCCAACUAAAACACAAUGGUGUUUUUUUUAAAGAAAAAAAGAAAAAGAACCACACAUAUGUUUUAAACUACUUCAAAAAUUUACUUUGUCUUUAUCAGAGUUGUUUCCUAACCAAGACUCAUUCCAAUCACAUCAAAAUUUUGCAGUAGUUAAUAUUGUUUUAUUCUGGGGGCUCAUCCCCAUGGGAUUCCAGGAUGCUUCCUGAAAAACCUUUUAAAAUGGCAGGGCAUAAAACAUGAAUUUGGUGCUAUGAGUAAGAGCAACCUGUGCUCCAGGUAUUUUUGUAAUCUGUACACAGCCUUUGAUAAGAACUUACAUAAUUAUGGCAGACUUCUCUUUUUUCUUUUCAGGAAUUUUGCUCUUAAAAGUGGAUCCAGUACAAGAAUCACAUAAGAUGAAGAUGGAUGGUGUUGCUACAGGAACGAGGCACUGAUGCGGCUUCAGAAUUUCUUAUAGUCUUUUCAGUGACGCAUAUGGAUAUUAAUGGUUCAUGAAUGGAUUCCUUUGACCUUGAAAUGAAUGAAAAAAAAAAGUAAGAAAGGCUCUUUAUCCUUGGAUUUUCAAACACAAUGGAUAUCACUGAAGAUGACUCAAAGCUGUAACAAUCAUGAAAGUUAGUUUGAUUUAUUUGCAAAAAGGGGCGAGUUUUAAUUAAAUGGGCUACUGGCCACUGUACACAUGA